AUGAUGAACAGCAUAUUCAGGGAUUUCCUGGAUGAGUUUGUAAUCAUCUUCAUUGAUGAUAUCUUGGUCUACUCCAAGACCAAAGAGGAUCAUGAGAGACAUCUAAGAGCAGUGUUGGGACGAUUGAGGGAACAACAGCUCUAUGCCAAAUUGAGCAAGUGCAGUUUUUGGCAAAGAAGUGUUGGGUUCCUGGGUCACAUUGUAUCCGACCAAGGUGUCUCCGUGGACCCGGAAAAGAUUAAGGCCAUACAAGAAUGGCCUAGACCUAAGAGUGCAACUGAAGUCAGGAGCUUUCUAGGUCUGGCCGGUUAUUACAGGAAGUUUGUCAAGGGGUUUGCCAGCUUGGCUCAACCUAUGACACAACUGACUGGGAAAGACGUGAGGUUUGUAUGGUCUGAGAAAUGUGAGGAAUGUUUCUCUGCACUUAAGCACAUGUUGACAAGUGCACCGGUAUUGGUGUUGCCAGAGGCAGACCAACCAUAUGUGGUUUACACAGACGCCUCCAUAACCGGAUUAGGAUGUGUAUUAACCCAACAUGGGAAGGUCAUCGCUUAUGCCUCUAGGCAGUUGAGGAAGCAUGAGGGGAACUAUCCAACCCACGACCUUGAGAUGGCCGCAGUGGUGUUCGCCCUCAAGAUAUGGCGAUCAUACUUGAGAUGGAUGGAGUUCGUGGCCGAUUAUGAUCUGGAUAUUGCUUACCAUCCAGGUAAAGCAAACCUAGUGGCCGAUGCCUUAAGCCGUAGGAGAGCUGAGGUAUCAGCCGAGAGGGAAGCAGAGGUGCUGGAAGGGAUGGUUAGGACAUUGCAUUUAAACACACUGGCCAGCGAGGACGAGCCGUUGGGUUUAGAAGCAGUGAACCAGGCUGAUCUCCUUACCAGGAUCAGGCAAGCACAAAGCUUGGAUGAGAACCUCCAGAAGGUUGCUCUGAAUGAUAAAACCGAGUACCAGGUUGCGAGUGAUGGUACGAUUUUGGUCCAUGGGAGGAUCAGUGUUCCGAAUGUAAGGGAACUAAAGGAAGAGAUUAUGAGUCAGUCUCAUAAGUCUAAGUUCUCUGUGCACCCGGGACUGAACAAGAUACACUUGCCAUUGGUAGAGUUUGCUUACAACAACAGCUUCCAUACCAGUAUUGGGAUGUCGCCCUACGAAGCUUUGUACGGACGGCCCUGCAGGACACCAUUAUGCUGGACCCAAGUGGGGGAGCGCAGCAUGAUAGGACCUGAGAUAGUGGAGGAGACCACGGAGAAGAUUAAGUUCAUCCGUGACAAGAUGAAGGAGGCACAGGACCGUCACAAGUCUUAUGCGGAUAAGAGAAGGAAACAUGUUGAGUUUGAGGUGGACGACAUGGUCUACCUCAAGAUGAUUACUUUCAGAGGUCGGAAAAGGGUUUCUGGCCGAGGGAAGUUGGAUCCAAGGUACUUGGAUCAAGACAUUGUGAUACCGGAAAUUCCAUCUGAUCUAGGCACGAACCUCACCUUGGAGACAAGGCCGGUUCGGAUUGUAGACAGGAUGGAAAAAGCAAUGAGGAACAAGACCAUUCAAAUGGUCAAAGUCGUGUGGGAAUGCAGUGGGCAAGAACAAGUCACUUGGGAAACCGAGAUGAGAAUGAAAGCUGACUAUCCAGAGUGGUUCGGGUCUUACACCAGAUGUAGUGUUGAUCACAAGGUAUGUAGUUUGAUCAUAGAUGGCGGAUCUUGUACUAACGUGGCUAGCAAGUAUCUUGUUGAUAAGCUAGGGUUGAUCAAAACUGCCCAUCCUCGACCAUACCGUCUCAAAUGGCUCAAUGAUGAGACUGAGCUCAAGAUUGCCGAACAAGUUGUUGUGUCCUUCAGUAUUGGCAAGUACCACGACCAGGUCAAGUGUGAUGUUGUGCCCAUGCAAGCCGGCCAUAUACUUCUCGGAAGGCCAUGGCAGUUUGACAAGGAGACACUUCACCAUGGCCGCACCAACAUCUACAGUUUCGUCCACAACAACAAGAAGCACAGCCUAGCACCUCUCAGCCCUCAAGAAGUUCAUGAUAUGCAGAAGGCAAUGACGCAGUCCGGCCAGGUAAGUAACACUAACCUUUACAUGACUUCUGGACAAGUGCUUAAAUCAUUACAACGUGAGACACAGGUGCUACUAAUGAUCUUUAAGGAAGGUUGUUUUGCAGGUUUAGAAGCUCCUGAAGUACCGGACGUAGUACAAGACCUCAUGGGACGUUACAAGGAUGUCUUCCCUGACGAGAUCCCUGCCGGUUUGCCCCCUAUCCGUGGCAUAGAACAUCAUAUCGAUCUUGUACCCGGCGCGCCACUACCAAACCGAGCCGCUUACCGUGUCAACCCUGAGGAAGCUAAGGAGCUGGAACGGCAGGUCCAAGAUCUCAUGGACAAAGGCUACAUCCGCGAGAGCCUUAGCCCCUGUGCAGUCCCGGUCCUACUAGUGCCUAAGAAAGAUGGGUCAUGGCGCAUGUGUGUGGACUGCCGAGCCAUCAACAACAUAACCAUCAAAUAUCGGUACCCUAUACCUAGAUUAGAUGAUAUGUUGGAUGAACUGAGUGGGUCUGUUGUGUUUUCUAAGAUUGAUCUCAGGAGUGGAUACCAUCAAGUCCGCAUGAAGGAAGGAGAUGAGUGGAAAACCGCCUUCAAGACCAAGCAAGGUCUAUACGAGUGGCUGGUGAUGCCGUUUGGCCUUACCAACGCCCCUAGCACCUUCAUGAGACUCAUGAAUGAGGUCCUCCGACCUUACAUUGGCUUUGUUGUGAGUUCACAGGGACUGAAGGUUGAUGAAGAGAAGAUCAAGGCGAUACAAGACUGGCCGACUCCAACCACGAUCGGACAUAUCCGCAGCUUCCAUGGACUGGCCAGUUUCUAUCGACGAUUUGUGAAGGACUUCAGUACCAUUGCCGCCCCAAUGACCUCCGUGAUCAAGAAAAAUGUAACCUUUGCUUGGGGCCCUGCCCAAGAGGAGUCUUUCAACAGGCUUAAAUAUAGCUUGACACAUGCACCGGUUCUAACUCUUCCUAACUUUGAUAAACCUUUUGAGAUUGAGUGUGAUGCUUCAGGGACAGGAAUAGGAGCCGUGCUGACCCAAGGAGGACGGCCAGUGGCCUUUUUCAGUGAGAAAUUGAGUGGAGCCGCCCUCAAUUACCCCACCUAUGAUAAAGAGCUAUAUGCUCUAGUAAGGUCGCUUGAAACUUGGCAACAUUAUCUUUUGUCUAAAGAGUUUAUUAUUCAUACAGAUCAUGAGACUCUUAAGCAUUUGAGGGGCCAGACCACACUUAAGAAGAGGCAUGCUAGGUGGCUGGAGUUCGUGGAAACCUUUCCUUAUGUGAUCAAGUACAAGAAGGGAAAGGACAACAUAGUGGCCGACGCCCUAUCCCGGCGCCACACACUCAUUACCACCAUGGAGGCUAAGAUCAUGGGUUUUGAGCAACUCAAAAUAUCUUAUGAAACUGACCCUGAUUUUUCUGAGCUUUACAGUAACACGGCUAAGGGAGCCAUGGGUCCAUUUAUCAGCAGGACGGAUUCCUCUUCAAGGAGAAACGCCUGUGUAUCCCUCAUGGUUCCAUGCGAGAUUUACUGACCAGAGAAGCUCAUGGGGGUGGAUUGAUGGGGCAUUUCGAUCGGGACAAAACUCUGAGUGUCCUGUCCGACCACUUCUAUUGGCCCCGGAUGAGGCGCUACGUCGAGAGCCUUUGCUCCAAGUGCACUGUCUGUCUCAAAACCAAAUCCAGGUCGCAUCCUUAUGGUUUACACAUGCCUUUACCUAUUCCUAUUGCACCGUGGGUCGAUCUGUCUAUGGACUUUGUGCUGGGCUUGCCCAAGAUAGAACACAAGGAUUCUAUUUUUGUUGUAGUGGACAGGUUCUCCAAGAUGGCACACUUCAUUCCGUGUUCCAAAACCAAUGACGCAAGCCAAACCGCUGAUCUCUUCUUCAAGGAAGUGGUGCGUUUACAUGGAGUGCCUCGUACCAUCGUGUCCGACCGAGACACAAAAUUUCUCAGCCACUUCUGGAGGACAUUGUGGAAAAAGCUUGGAACCAAGCUCCUUUUCUCGACCACUUGCCAUCCACAGACUGAUGGACAGACCGAGAUCGUGUACGGCUUUAGACCAGAGACGCCCAUGGACCUAGCCGCAUUGCCCCCAGCCAUGCAAGUCAGCCAGAGUGGUGACAAAAAGGCUGAGUUUGUAAAGAACAUGCACCGGCAAGUCAAGGAGACUUUGGAGAAGAAGGCUGAAAGGAACCGGAUUAAGCUCAACAAGGGGCGCACAGAAGUUAUCUUCCAGCCAGGCGACUGGGUGUGGCUCCACAUGAGGCCAGAACGGUUUCCGGAAGAGAGGAAGAGCAAAUUAUCCCCACGGGGAGAUGGACCAUUCCGAGUGCUCGAUCGGAUCAAUGACAAUGCCUACCGGCUAGAACUGCCAGGUGAGUUCCAAGUUUCCCGAACGUUCAAUGUAUCUGAUUUGUCUCCUUAUAUUGCAGAUGAUGGAGAUGUUCUGAGGACAGAACCUGUUCAAGAGGGAGGGGAUGUUGUAGUACCCACGACUGAGGUUCCCAUUAUCCGCAAAGGCCCUACCACAAGGUCCGGUUCAAGAGUUAUAAGAGCUGGAUUUGCCAAAGCUGUCCAGGAGUUGCUUGCACAGGAACAAACCGGGUUCAAGCAACUAUUGAUCCAGGAGUUGUCUGACUUGAAGCUGGAAGACACCGGUGAACCACUAGAGGUUCCAGACCCUGUCCAUUCGAGCCAGUUCUCCUCCAUCGGCCAGAAUGAAGCCGGCCUGACCAUUUCCACCUUCAUACUCAAUCCAUCCAACCAACUUGCUUCCGGUUCAGAGAUAUAGCCGACCAUCAGAAGGAGUAGUAUGUGUUGUACUCUUUUUCCUUAUCGAGGUUUUGUCCCACUGGGUUUUCCCGAAAGGUUUUAAUGAGGCAACAAGCAAGCAUACUAUGAGUUCUGAUCCGGACAUCUCAAACCGCGACCGGUCUAUUGUUUUCUUUAUUUUUAUUUCGGUUAAGACUUUGGCCAUUUGUCUAGGCCUUUUUAAUCUUUAAGUCCAGUAAGGAACAUCUAUUUAAACCCUUGUAGCUGCCAACUUUUCGGCUAAGUCUUUUUAUGAAAAAUCGUUUUUGCUUU